AUGGCUUCCACUUCUGCUGCAUCUGAAUUUUACAACGUUGACAUUAAUGACACGCGGUUGUGUGUUUUAAAGCGAUAUCAGAAUUUAAGGAUAAUCGGGUCUGGUGCACAGGGUGUCGUAUGUGCUGCACAUGAUACGCUUCGUAAUGAGCAAGUCGCUAUUAAGAAACUAAGUCGUCCGUUCCAAAAUGUAACGCAUGCUAAACGAGCUUAUAGAGAGUUCAAGUUGAUGAAUCUUGUUAACCAUAAAAAUAUAAUUGGAUUGUUGAAUGCGUUUACACCUCAGAAAACACUUGAUGAAUUUUCUGAUUUGUAUAUAGUAAUGGAACUUAUGGAUGCUAAUUUAUGUCAAGUAAUACAAAUGGAUUUGGAUCAUGAAAGGAUGUCGUAUUUGUUGUAUCAAAUGUUGUGUGGCAUCAGACAUUUGCAUGCUGCGGGUAUCAUACACCGGGAUCUCAAACCGAGCAAUAUUGUUGUUAAAAGUGAUUGUAGUUUGAAAAUAUUGGAUUUUGGUUUAGCACGAAGCGCCGGUGAUUCAUUUAUGAUGACGCCAUAUGUUGUAACACGUUAUUAUCGUGCACCUGAAGUUAUAUUAGGAAUGGGAUACAAAGACAAUGCUAAAGAAUACGGUUUGCCCCCGGCAGACAUUGUUUUGGCACUAGUUGCAGUUGAUGUUUGGUCAACGGGCUGUAUAUUCGGCGAAAUGAUUCGUGGUAGUGUAUUGUUUCCGGGCAGUGAUCAUAUUGAUCAAUGGACCAAAAUUAUUGAACAGCUUGGUACUCCUUCACCGAUGUUUAUGCGUCGCUUGCAGUCAACUGUCCGAAAUUAUGUGGAAAAUCGUCCCCAUUUCCCUGGUUUUCCAUUCGAUAAGCUGUUCCCGGAUGAAUUAUUUCCAGCUAGCAGCAGUUCUGACUCACGACUUACUGUUGAUAUAUGGUCGAUUGGUUGCAUUUUUGGUGAACUCAUUCGUGGUCGAGUUCUUUUCCCUGGUACGGAUCAUAUUGAUCAGUGGUCAAAAAUUAUUGAGCAACUGGGAACACCUGGACGAGAUUUUAUGCAGAAGUUGCAAGCAACUGAACUCUCGCAGUUUGUAAUGACCGAAGCAGUAAAUGUUUGCGGUCGGAAAGAGAGCGAGGAAGAAGUCCCGAAAGUUCUUUUUUUUUAUGUUGCAAAUUUAUCAGCUGCGCAAGCACGUGAUUUGUUAUCUAAAAUGCUGGUGAUCGAUCCUGAAAAACGCAUAUCAGUGGAUGAGGCUCUAAAACAUCCCUAUGUUUAUGUAUGGUUCGACGAAGCUGAAGUGUAUGCUCCACCACCGGAACAAUACAAUCACAGUAUUGACUCGAGAGACCAUACAGUUGAACAGUGGAAAGAACUAAUAUUUCAAGAAAUCAUGCAUUACGAGCAAACACAUGACGAAUAUGGAAUGAAGAAAUCGUUGAAUUGUACAUCAGCUACGGCACCAUCAUCUUCAUCAUUUCAAAACAUUGAGCAUGGUGAUUGUUCAACAGCCGGAAGUACUCUGGUUACAAAUGGCUUGUGA